UUGACGGUCGCGGGGCAGCACUCAACCCACAUCACCGAAGCUGGAGCAAGCCGUCCGAAACCCUCCAAACUUCCACUGGGCCGGGCCAGCAGGCCAGCAACCCCCGAUCUGGACCGAUGUGCUGGCCGAGAUGUCUCGACACAUUUAUAUCAGGAAUAAGAUCGGCGAGGGAAUCCAAGCACCUAUAUUUCAGGUGAACAGGGGAACAUAUUCAAGGCGCAGUCGGCUGAAGAGGUCUGAUGGCAGCACCACCUCCACCAGUUUCAUCCUCAGACAGGGUUCAGCUGAUUCCUACACUAGCAGGCCGUCUGAUUCAGAUGUGUCGUUGGAGGAGGAGAGGCCGGAGGGGGGCAGUCAGGGCCGGCAGGAGCGAGAACAGCAGGCUCAAUUACAGCUGGAGAGGGCAAAGGCCAAAGCGGUGGCCUUCGCCGUGAAGACAAAUGUCAGCUACUGUGGCGCGCUGGAUGAAGAUGUGCCUGUGCCAGGAACCGCCAUCUCAUUCGAUGCGAAAGACUUCCUGCACAUCAAAGAGAAGUUUAAUAAUGACUGGUGGAUUGGGAGGCUGGUGAAAGAAGGCUGUGAGAUUGGCUUUAUCCCCAGUCCCCUGAAGCUGGAGAAUAUCAGAGCACAGCUGGAACAGAAGAAAAGCAGAGUACAAGGUAAGUCCAGUGGAAGCUCCUCCUCCAGUUUGGGGGAUGUGAUGUCAUCAGGCAAGCAGAAACAGAAAGUGACUGAACAUGUGGCUCCCUAUGAUGUUGUGCCUUCCAUGAGGCCUGUGGUUCUGGUUGGUCCAUCCCUGAAAGGAUAUGAGGUCACUGAUAUGAUGCAGAAAGCUCUUUUUGACUUCUUAAAGCACCGGUUUGAUGGCAGGAUAACAAUUACACGUGUGACAGCAGACAUCUCACUGGCGAAGAGAUCAGUGCUUAACAAUCCCAGCAAGAGAGCCAUUAUUGAGCGCUCAAACACCAGAUCCAGCCUUGCUGAGGUACAGAGCGAGAUUGAGCGUAUAUUUGAACUAGCUCGAUCGCUCCAGCUGGUAGUGUUGGACGCAGACACCAUCAACCAUCCUGCUCAGCUGAUGAAGACUUCACUAGCACCCAUUAUCGUCCAUGUCAAAGUGUCCUCGCCGAAGGUUCUCCAGAGGCUCAUAAAGUCCAGAGGAAAGUCGCAGAGUAAACACCUCAACGUACAGCUCGUAGCUGCAGACAAACUAGCGCAGUGUCCUCCGGAGAUGUUUGAUAUUAUCUUGGAUGAGAAUCAGUUGGAAGACGCCUGCGAGCAUUUGGCGGAGUAUCUGGAGGCAUACUGGAAAGCCACACACACCUCCAGCAGUACUCCGCUCAACCCGUUGCUGGGCAGAAACCUUGGCCCUGCUGCCCUCGCCCCGUACACUACAUCUGCCAUAUCCGGCUUGCAGAAUCAACAGGGGCAAAAAACACGGCACGCCAACCACACCGGGGACCACUCCACCCCCAAUGAACGGCGCAACCUGAUGACCUCAGACGAGAACUACCACAAUGAACGAGCGCACAAGGGACGAAACCGGGGCUCCUCUGGCUCGCAGCACGGUGGCAGCGGUAGAGACCACCACUACAUGGAGGAGCAGCAGGGCUACCAGGACCCCUACCAGGACACCUACAAGCCCCACCGCAACCGCAGUUCCCCGGGCAGCUACAGCCAGGACUCACGACAUCGGCUCUGAGAAGCUCCGGCCCUUGUCCUCCUCUAAGCCUGAGCCACCGAGCCAAGAUGGCUUCUGUCCAGAAUUGUACACAUCUUCCAUUUGGUUUUCGUUUCAUUAGGGUCUCCUGAGCUACAAAGCAGAAACUUUGUUUUUAACCCCUCCCGAACCUGUACCAUCUCACCGAAACCUGCAUAUCCAUGAGCUUAACAAAAGGCUCUCUGGGGAAAGGAGACCAUUCGACAUGCAAUGGAGCAGAAACUUGACACUUGUUAUGUUUCCACAUGUUAAUAUGCUUGUUGACUUUUGGUUUUGUCAAUUCUGUUGUAAAAGGGCAGGUUUUCCUUCUACCAAGCAACCGUUUUACUUUCAGAUGGAAUGGAAUGAUUGCUUGGCCCUAAAAAGUGAAAGUUCUGUGAAGCUAGAAACAGCAGAGAAUCAGAAAGUAUAUACUGAAUAAGGAGCUCAGUUAGUCUUUGUUUGCCAGCAUGUUACCUGACCGCAUGCUUCCCCCUGUCAUUAGUGCAUAACUUGAGCGGACAGACCAGAAGAUGACGCGCUGUAAUCAUUGCCCCCAGAAAAAAUGGCUGCCAAACUGGAAAAUUUCAAUCUUAACGUAACACAAACCUACUGCCAGCUGUCUUUUGUUACAGAAAUGGAAUCUUAAUACCUUGAUCUUGGAGUUUUCCAAUCUUAUGCGAUUGAAUUUCCACAUUAUUGAAGUGGUAAAUAGCAGGAAUCCUAGAUUCAGCCUCUUUAGCAUGAUGCACUGCAUUCUAGCACUCAUUCGUUCUUUUUCUAGUUAGGAAGACCGCUUAAAGAGAUGCAGAACAUUGGAAUGCUGAACUGAAGUGUCGCCGUGAUCUAGUCCUCAGUAGAGUUAGCAAGCAUUCACAUGAUUCAUUUUCAAUUAAAAGCUGAAGUUGGGGCAUUUUGGUGAUUAUUUAAAAAAAAAAAAAGAGCAUUUUCCUAAAUGUAACUCUAGGAUGGACAGGUUCAUUUCAAUCUUUGGAAGUGACUGGCUGCCUGUGCUCCACCCUGCCAACUGGGGCCAACGCCGUCUGGUCCAUUUCAGGAGAUAUGCAGUGCCCUCCUCUGUGGAUCAAAUGCUACAGACUCAACCCACCAAGUUGUCGUUCUGCUCGUAUGUUUUCAGUGUGAAAAGGACUGUCUGAGGACAAGUAGAUCCUAAACAUGUGGAAGCUUUCAGAGCCAAGGCCUUGGCACAUCAUGGAUUUCCUCGCCUGCAUAUUCUCGCCUUAUUGAUUUAUGCUAGUUUUCAAGAGAAUACAUUUGAAAGAAAAAAACAAACUGAGGACCGCAUUCUGUAUGCAUUUGUCUAUGAGCAUGCUUGUCUGUUAAUUAUAUAAUGAGGAUGAAUGAACAUGAGGAAUCUGGCAGUCGAUGCCCAGUUGACUAAAUGAAAAGAAGAAAAAUAA